UGGUGAGUCAGGUAGGAGGUCUCGGAAACCUCCACGAUACUUAGCUGACUAUGAGGUGACGCUUGAUUCUAUUUGUACUUUCAGGACAGUGACAAAGAUGCCUAGAGGGAGAGGCUAUUAUCCUAGCCGUAGAGAUAGAGGGUGGAACCGUGAUGACCGCCGAAAGAGAUCAAAUUGGCCAAGUGAGGAAAGGGGAGGCAGAAGCAGAGAUAGGAGCAGAGGUCGAAGUAGGGACAGGAGUCAAGAGCGAAGUAGUAAGUGGGCCCGCUGGGAUAUGGACAGAUCUUCUAGCCGAGAGACUGUGGGGUUGUUACAGUCUCUACCCCGUCAGGAACAUAGGUCCCACCCUCCAAGAUCAGAGAAAGACAGAACUCCCACACAACCAUUAGAUAACCCUCAGCCACAUAGGUCCCACCCCCCAAAACCAGAGAAAGAGUUGAAAGACAGUACUCCCAAACAACCACAGGAGAACCCUCAUCCAUCAGCCGGGGUAGACCCAUUUCCUAGAUACCCCCCUUCGCCUAAGAAGACAUUGAAGAACAUGGGGAAACCCUCGGGACAUACCCCAUCAGCCACUCAGACCACAGCAGAUGACCACAAAGCCUCCGUUGGUAAACAUUCCCCUAGUCCGCAGACUUUGGGCGCUCGUGGCAGGUCUCCCUCUCUAGGUCAAGUUCUAUCUGACCUACAUGCUUUAUCCACAGAUCAAGCCUCACAAGACAUCCCUAUUCAGUUUUCUGGUUCUAUACGGAGCCUAAUGGAUGAACUGUCUCAACAGAUGUUAUCUGGAAAAAAGGAUGCCAGUGAUUCCUUAGCUGGUGAAGCUAACAGUGACGCCAUAGUGAUCCCUAACGAUCUAUCGCUGGAUCCAGAAGAAGAACCUCUUUGGGGUGUGGAUUUGAGAAAGAGUAAGUCAUCCACCUGGGGUAAGGGAUCCGAGUAUAAAUCCAAAGAAUUUGUGAGUUCCACCCCAACUUCCAGCACUGAUGAUUAUUCCGAUACCGAAGUAACAGUCUCGGCAAGGAAGAAGAAUCCAACUACGACCAAAUCAGGCUCCGCUCUGAAGGAUUCUAUGGACAAGGGAGCCAAGGAUAAAGACCCCAAACGGGAUACAUCUGAGAAAAGCAUUCAGCCUCCGUCUGAUAAUAAGAAGGCGCCAGCUGGGGUCAGUGCUCGCCAUAAGCCCGACAUAAGAAAGGGGUCCUCCGGAAAGACUCCGCUACCCCCUAAGUCAGAUGUUAAGAAGCGGCCUACAGAGAACGCCCCACCACCCAGUAAAUCAGAUGUUAAACAGGGGCCAAUUGAAAAAGUUCCCCAACCCCCUAGGUCAGAUGCUAAGAAGCGGUCUUCCGAGAAUGCCGCCCCACCCCCUAAAACAGAUGUUAAACAGGGGCCGAUUGAAAAAGUUCCCCUACUCCCUAAGCCUGAUGUUAAGAAGUUACUCUCCACAAAAGCUAUGGCACCCCCUAAGUUAGAUGAUAAACAGGGGGCCAUAGAGAGGGCCAUGGUUACUCCCCCAAAGUCGUCGGAGCAAGACGCUACAGUGAAGGGAGGACAGACAAAAGAGUCUAAAGACAAGGUUGGAGAGGUUCGAGUCCAGAGCCAGGAUCCAACCCUUAUACUCCGAAGGGUCGAAGAAGUAUUAGCCCCAAUUAAAGUUGAGGUGCGCUUUAGAUAUUACGCCCGAGAUGGUCAAGUUCUUGAGGACCAUACACUUAUAACCAGGUACUCACAGUUAAAGAUAUAAAUAUGGACUCCAUCGGAGAUGUGUAUAGUUGAGUACAUAGCAUAAACAGUUAUAACAUAUAGAUAAAGCAUGAACAUAUAAUCAAACAGUGUAUAUAGUGAACUAUCUCGUAUAGACAGUUGUAAUUUAUAUAUAUAGUUCUGGAGGACCAUACACUUAUACCUUAUAACCAGGUACUCACAGUUACAGAUAUAAACAUGGACUUCAUCGCAGAUGUGUAUAGUUGAGUACAUAGACUAAACAGCCUUUCAGUUACAACUUAUACCGAUAAAGCAUGAGCAAACAGUGUAUAUAGUGAAGUAUCUCGUAUGGACAGAUGUAAUUUAUAUAUAUAUAGUUCUUGAGGACCAUACACUUAUAACCAGGUGCUCACAGUACAGAUAUAAACAUGGACUUCAUCGCAGAUGUGUAUAGUGGAGAACAUAGCAUAAACAGUUAUAACAUAUAGAUAAAGCAUGAACAUAUAAUCAAACAGUGUAUAUAGUGAACUAUCUCGUAUAGACAGUUGUAAUUUAUAUAUAUAGUUCUUGAGGACCAUACACUUAUAACCAGGUACUCAAAGUUACAGAUAUAAACAUGAACUUCAUCGCAGAUGUGUAUAGUGGAAAACAUAGCAUAAACAGUUAUAACGUAUAUAGAUAAAGCAUGAACAUAUAAUCAAACAGAGUAUGUGGUGAACUACCUCGUAUAAACAGUUGUAAUUAGUAUAUAUAAAAAGAAAAAUCAUGCAUGGACAAUGUGUUAAUGAGAGUGAGCAGUAGACAGUCGUCUUUGCAUAUGAACAGUAAUUACAUAGAUAUAUUUUUAUAACAAACAAAAGUUUUAUUUUUGUACUCAUAUUAUAGAUAACUCUCAUGUUAAAACAUAAGUUAACUAAACAAAGUUAUCACUGUUACUUGGAAGACAGUAAUUUAG